AACAAAAAUUAUCCACACGUGCAAUCGUAUCGCAUUUCGCUGUCCAAUUGUUUACAUUGUAUUUAAAUAACUAUAAUAAUGGGCAAGCAAAAGAAGACCAAAAAGAUACAGAAACAGAAAAAUGCACAACUGAAGCGUUUGCUAAAACCCACCGAUUCCCGGAUUAAAGAUAAGAUGCGCCUUAAACGCAAACAGGCCCACGAUCCCCAUGCAAUUAAAGUGCACGAAGCUACACAGCAGAGCUCGGCGCUAUUCUUCCAGUACAACACGCAGCUGGGUCCACCCUAUCACAUCGUCCUCGACACGAACUUCAUUAAUUUCAGCAUUAAGAACAAGCUGGACAUAAUGCAGUGCAUGAUGGACUGCCUCUACGCCAAAUGCAUACCGUAUAUAUCAGAUUGUGUUCGUGCCGAACUGGAGAAACUGGGCAACAAGUAUAAGUUGGCCCUACGCAUCAUAUCUGAUCCCCGAUUCGAGCGCUUGCCCUGCCUGCACAAGGGCACCUACGCCGACGACUGCCUGGUCGAGAGAGUGCGCCAGCACAAAUGUUACAUUGUGGCCACGAAUGACAAGGAUCUGAAGAACCGCAUACGCAAAAUACCGGGAGUGCCCAUCAUGUAUGUGGCUGCACACAAGUACGCCAUUGAGCGUAUGCCCGAGGCGUACGGUGUCAAAUCGUAAUCAAAACUGUUCAGAUUUAAGAUUAUUCACGAUGUUCAAAUUGUUUUAAAAAAUAUACGUUAAGGCUGAUAA